AUGAUCAACCAGAAAAAUAUGCUGUUAUUACCACUGCUGACAAACAUUUUACUGCUGCUGCUACCCAACUAUGCAAAUGCGCAACACGAUGCUUUUCGAUUGCCGGAUAUACCGCAAUAUGCUGCUAAACCGACUGUGCCACCGGAAUAUAAAUCAUUCUUUGAAUUGGAUGGUCAUGCGCGUGAACUGGUUGAUACAUUGAUUGGACCGCGUCCUGGUGGUUUGGUACCGGAAAAGAGUUAUGAAAUAGCACGUCCGAUUUCACCGACCAACAUCAAUGGUGGGCCAUCUGGUGGUGGUAUUAGUCAACUGGAAAAAACACUGGAACAGUUCUUUACUGGUUCAGGUGGUGAGUCUGCUCAACAAUUUCAACUUCCACCAGGUUUUAAUCAAGGUUUUUCGUUGACCAACGGCGGUAGUUCAGUUGCUUCAUUUUCUGAAAACAGUAAGCCAGAGCAUGCAAAUGUUGAUGAAAACGUCAAUACAACUGAGUCAUCUGGAUCUGAAUCAUCUAUCAAAGGAAUUCCAAAUGUAUUCCCAGAUCUAGCAAAACCGCCAAUUCAGCUGCAGCAACCGUCAUUUUUUAAGGCCAUAUCAAAGCAUAUGCCUAAAAUGCCAAAAUUUGACGAGAAACCUGAAGUACCAGAAGGAGGUCUCGGACCAGCUGAAUUUCGACGAGCUCCAAGCUUACCAGGUGUUCCUGAUGCAGGCUCAGCGACAGAACAAAUGCCAGACAGCAGUGAGUAUGGUGCAUUGACUGACGAAAGUAGUGGAAGUGGCGGUUUGAUCGGUUCAAUAAUUAAUCUGAUUGGGCUGAAUGCAAAAAAGAAGAUGAAUACAGAUGUGCAAAGUUUUGGUCAAACUGUUGGCAACAUUAUCGGUGGUCGUAACAGCCCGAUUCCAGCUAAAAACGUCAUUUCAAAUGUUCUUUAUAAAGCAUUAACGUCCGGAUCUAUACAGGGUAAUGGUACAAAUUGGGCUGAAUCAAUAGCUAACGGUACAUUUAACAGCAGCUCGUUUACACUCACCGAUGGUCAGAAGGCUGUGAUUGAGGAAAACUUGGAAAUGAUUCAGAAUCUGAUCACACAGCCAGCUUCACCGUUCUGUAACCCGAAACCUGUACCGGUUAAAUUUUUUAACAUCGACGCAUUUAUGGGUAAAUGGUAUCAGGUAAUGAACAGUCCUCCAUUCUCUAUGGGGUCCUGCAGUAUGGUAGUUUACAAAAAACUUGCUGACGUUAAUAAUGGUGGAGUUGGCACAAUUUUUGAAAUCUUUGAAUAUACGACUGAUGGUACACCGUAUGUAAAACCAAGGAUAAGCUCUGGUUACGCAAUCCUGAAACAACCAGGAGAGCUAAUUUAUCGGACAACCAGCUACAAGGAAGAUGUUACUGUUUUGAUUCAAACAUAUAUUUGUGGUAAUAAUGCUGUUGCCGUCGACAAUGACGACUGUAAAGGUGAUGAUGAUGGUAUCUUCAGUAGGGUUGUGCAUGUCAUCAAUGUGGGUCCAUUGAACGAAAACGGUGAAUACAGCUUUGUGAUACUUUCGACAAACUGUAAUUAUCCGCUCUAUGUAUUUGCAAGAGAUCCAGUUGUCUAUAAACAGAGUGUUCAUUCAAAUGAGUGUUGUGAAAAUCGAUAA